AGAAAAAACAGAAAGCUUGGAUGAGUUCAUUGAGGAAGGUUUCGGAGGUUUCAGCUCUUCUGGAUCUGAAGCAACAUCCAGAUGGAGGUUUCUACUCGGAAACCCUAAGAGACUCUUCCGUAAUCCUCAACAAAUCUCAGCUUCCUCCGACUUACAAGGUGGAUCGACCCAUCUGCUCAGCAAUCUAUUUCUUACUUCCAUCUGGAAGCAAAUCAUGCCUCCACCGUCUCCCUUGUGCAGAAACAUUCCACUUUCACAUGGGAGAACCGCUUACAGUAUUUGAACUCCAUGAAAAUGGAGAAAUCAAGCUAACAGUCCUCGGCCAAGAUUUAGAAAAUGGUCAUAAGCUACAGUACACUGUUCCUCCUAAUGUGUGGUUCUGCUCUUUCCCAACACUGGAUGUUGAAUCAUUUUCUGCUGAUGGCAGUGUUCUGGUGAAGGCUCCAGAUAGAGAUCCUGAACUGAAUUAUUCUCUUGUUGGUGUAACCUGUGCUCCUGCUUUCCAGUUUCAGGAUUCUGAAUCUGCUAAUUUUGAUGAGAUGAUUACCAUUGCACCAAAGGCUACUUCUUUUCUUAAAUAUCUCGUCAGAUCCUGAAUUUUUCGUGUUAAGCGAGGCGUUUAGAAGUUUUGGUUUGUGAUAAAAUAAGGUUGAAUAUCGAAUGAAAGUUAUCUUAAUAUGUUGGUUGAGAGCUUAGUCUUUUAAUAAAGAGGUUUUUUUUUGCACCAAAGGCUAUUUCUUUUGUUAAAAUAUCUCGUCGGAUGCUGAAUUUUUCGUGUUAAGUGAGGAGUUUAGAAGUUUUGGUUUGUGAUGAAAUAAGGUUGAAUCUGGAUUGAAAGUUAUCUUAAUAUGUUGAUUGAGAGCAUUGUCUUUUAAUA